AUUUCUACUGUUGAGAAGAAUGUCUUGCCACUCAGGACAACAGCUUUCACAGAGAAUAGGGUUACUAGGGACGAUAGUGGUGUUGUACGCUUUUCAGUUGGUUCAGAGUGUCGGAGAUUAUAGAAAUAUUGUCGACCAAUCCAGCUUUACAGGACUUUCGGGAUUGCUCGGUUCCGCCGUUUCAUUAGCAGACUUUAACGGAGACCGACAAUUGGAUGUACUAUUGUAUGACGCCAAUAGAAGAGCUUUGUUUAUUGCACUGUGGUCGGGAGAUGACCAAAUGUUUGUGGUAGAAAACGAUACAAGUAUCCAACUACCUGAACGUGUUCAACUUGUCUCCGUAGACGUAGCAGAUUGGAAUAAUGACGGUAUACUGGAUAUUCUGGUGAUAGGAACGGACAACGUCGGACGAAUAGUUUACGGUAAACAUAAUAACCAGUUUGUAAUGGAUACCGAACUUGCCAACGUGACUGCCGAUGUGCUGGUAUUGGACGCCAACGGAGAUUUGGUUCCUGACUUGUUCAUACCACAAAAACAAGCGUUCUAUAUCAAUUCACCGCCUGGUAACUUUCAAUGGACAGUUUGGUACGUCGAACGAGGAAAACUCUUUCGUGCAAAACUUACUACUGCAAUAAGGUCUGGGAGAAAUGAUUCUUGUCAAGUAUCUGAAACAAGUUCUGCAGCCUUUGUGGACUGGAAUGGAGACUGUUUGGCAGACUUGUGUUUUCUAUCCAAUUGUGGAUUGGAAAUCUGGUUGAACAACGUACCAAAGGGUAAAUUCUUUUAUCAACUGAGUUCACAAGAGCCACAAGAACAUCGAAUCGUUCAAGAUGAUGUUCUCCAAAAGAUAUUUGAAAAGGGGAGUGUUUUGAGUUUUCUAGAUGUGAACAAGGAUGGAACGAUGGACAUUGUAGCUAGUGAUCCUGACACAAAGUAUCUGAAUUUUUGGUUGAAUGUACAAAAAACACGUCAAUUUGGUGAUCUUUGUAUACCAGAUGAUGAAUGGACUGUGCAACGAUAUGAAAGUGAUACGGUAGCAGGAGCAAAGACUACUUCCAUCGACAAGGUACUCAAAGUUCCUCGAAGAAUCUUCUGGGGUGAUAUCAACUUGGAUGGAUAUCCCGAUUUGCUAUUUAUCGAUGAGUCCAGCAAUGCCGUUACCCUGCUUGAAAAUAGAGGAAACUGGGAUAUUCUCAAUGCCACUCAUUUUGAUAAAAUGAAAGACAACGAGAAGAUAAUGCAGCUUAGUGUAGACACUGUAGCCGUUGCAGUAGUUGAUAUAAGAGGUGGAGUGGAUAUUCUUCUUUCCCAACAACACUCGACGAGGUUAUUAUCCAUAGAAAAUCAUUACCCAGCAGAAUUUUUCAAAGCCAUAGGUUUAAGUGGUUUAUCAUACUUUUCUUUCCCUCACUCUUAUACUCCACUUGUCGGUAAUACAUUUAAAAUCUCCUAUGAUGGAGUUGAUGGUCGUGUAUAUCAAAUCUGUAGUCAAUGCCCCCAAUCUGCAAGUUUACCCUUGCAAAGCUGCGAUUGCUUCUUUGGUCUCAAAAACAUGGCGAAUUAUAUCGCUGAAGUUAGUUUGGGAACUGGACAACAUAUUCAAAGAUGGGAGAAUCUCAUGCCAAAUACAGUCGCCGUCGUAUGGACUGUAGAAAAUGAAAAUAACUGGUGGAUGGAAAUAUUUACUCCAAAAAGAGCUGGACAGAUGUUAGGAGUUGUCAUUGUUUUGGUCUCGCUUUCUAUCGGUUUGGGAAUUGGAGUGCUCAUCUUGAUGUGGCAAGAAAGACGACAAGACAAACGGGAACAAUAUAGAAGAGUCAAUUCCUCAGGUUUUGGAACUUUUUGAGGGAUAUCAGGAAAAUGUCGAAUAGUUGUUUGUUUUUGCCAAUCCGUUGAAGACUUGAAAGGCUUCGACAUUCCCAUAUUUUUCGAUGUCCUGUUGAGAAACAAGUCUAGAUGAUAGAAACGUUCCAUCCGUUGAUGAUGAGCUUACGCAUGUCAUCAACGCAAAAUAUCGUAUCGACAUGUAGCUCCCAAUAUACCAUAACAGUAUAAGGAUUAGGCAGACAAUAUUUUUGGGUUUGCUGAUAUCAAGAAAGUAAUACACAAAUUCCCCAGUGGAAGCAGCGGUAAUAUAAAGUAUCAAUCCAUAGGAUACAAGAUAUAGAAAACCAAACAAUAAGACAUAAGGAGGUGGAGUAAAGUUUCCAAAGUACAGUUCAAUUAGAAUGACAAUGAGGUUGAGAGGACCAUGUUCAUUCAUAUUGAAAAAAUCUACUUUUUCCUUAGUCCUGGGUCUAAGAACAAACCACCAAACUCCAUCCAGAAAUAAGGUGUGAACAGCUACAAUAAAGAAUAGUGUUUGAAAGACAGAUGUCAACUGAUUGAAAACUGGGUGAAGGAUUCGCAAUAUGAAUAGUCUACAGCCUACAACAAAAUACAGACUGCGAAGUGUCAAAGCCACAGAACAAAAAGACAGUAAGCAAAACGUCUGGCUCCUUGGAAUACUUAACAAAUUGAAAUAAAAAAGACGAGAGACUU